CUCGUGGAAGGCCAAACUUCCCCUGCAGACGAUCAUGAGGUUGCUGCAAGUCCUGGUUCCUCAGGUGGAGAAGAUUUGCAUCGACAAGGGUCUGACCGACGAGUCGGAAAUCCUCAAGUUCCUGCAGCACGGCACGCUCGUGGGUCUCCUACCCGUCCCCCACCCCAUCCUCAUCAGGAAGUACCAAGCCAACGCCGGCACGGCCAUGUGGUUCCGCACAUACAUCUGGGGCGUCAUCUACUUACGUAAUGUUGACCCUCCGAUCUGGUACGACACCGACAUCAGGCUGUUUGAGAUCCAGAGGAUUUAGAGGAGCUGCUGGUUUAUCUUCCUCACACCUGAACUGUUAUUAAAAAUCAGGACGGCUCAUUCUUGAUGCCAAGUAAUGUAAAGAUGAAGAAUGUGUAAAUGUGUCCAAUUAAAGGAAAAAUGACAAUA